ACUUUUUCUGAUGUGAAACUCACAGUUUGCUAACUCAUAAGUCCUUAGUAUAUAUUCACAGGCUGACAUACUCAAGUAUUUCUAUUUUUGCUAUACUGUGAACAGAACAGAAAAUGGAGACAGAUUUCACAGACAAAGAUACAUAUCAAGAUAUAUUUGAUCCAGAAGGAUAUCUGCAUACCUAUUAUAAUCCAAAAUCAGGAAUUUUGGUGGUUGAUGGAUUUCUAGAUUUUGCAUUAAAGAAGCUUCAUGAGGCUUUUGUGUUAAGAGGUGUGAAGGGAAAGACUUUGAUUGACAUUGGCCAUGGCCCCGCAAUUUACCAGGAUCUCUCAGCUUGUGAGUCCUUUGAGGAGAUUAUUGGUGCUGACUACACUGAUCGCAAUCGAGAAUACUAUGAAAGAAGCUUGAGAAAUGAGCCAGGAACAUUUGAUUGGACGGAAGCAACACAAAAAGUCUGUGACCUGGAAGGAAAGGGAACAUCCAUAAAAGAGAAGAGGAAGAAGUUGAAAGAUACAGUGAAGAAAACCAUUAAAUGUGAUGUUCUUAAAAGCAACCCUUUGGAACCAUUGGUUCUGCCCAAGGUUGAUUGUGUCAUGUCUCUUGGGUGUCUGGAAUGUGCUUGUAGCGAUCUUGAAACCUAUCAAAAUGUCCUUAAAAAUGUUUCUUCUUUGUUGAAAAUAGGAGGACACCUAAUCUUAACUGAGGUCCUUAACUGCAGUUCUUACUUAUCAGGGGGUAAGAGGUUCUCCUGUCUGGCCCUAACCGAGAAGUUUAUGAGAAAUGCUAUUAUGGAUACAGGAUUUGAAAUCCCGGAUCUGGAGGUCAUACCCAGAAAGUAUGACAAAGACCAGUUUGAGCUCUGUAACCAUGACUCAAGCUUGUUUGUGCUUGCACGUAAAGUGCGAGAUGUCUAAAAGGAAUCCUUCAAAAAAGGUAAAAUGGGAUCAAACCACUGAUUUAUAAUCAAGCCUGUGAAGCCAAUCCAGGUUUAGGGGUACAUUUACUAAGCAGUGAUAAGAGCGGAGAAGUGAGCCAGUGGAGAAGUUGCCUCAUCAACCAAUCAGCAGCUCUGUAUAAUUUUAUAGUAUGCAAAUUAUAGAUGUUACUUCAGUGCUGAUUGGUUGCCAUGGGUACUUCUCCACUGGCUCACUUCUCCGCUCUUAUCACUGCUUAGUAAAUGUCCCCCACAAUUUCUUUUAAUUUAGAGUUUAUUCAAACUCAAUACUCUAUUCAAAUCUUGAGCAACCGUGCUUGUAAUUUGGACUGGUCUAACCCACUAGACACGCUCUUUUCCCUUUGUCCUCCUUCCUAUAAGGCAGUAUCAUCUCAUUACAUUUUAUUAGUGCCCCCUUGGAUUAUAGAUUCCUCACCACUGGAUAAAGUAAAUGGUAAGACCACUUUCCCUAUUUAUCUGUGGACUCCGUCGUCACUGCCCUUAAUAUCACAUCUAAAUUAUUACCUGCCCCAACCUAUGUAUAAAUAUUUUUUUUUUAAAUCUAUCACAGGGCAUAUUUCUGCUCGUUUAGACAUUUUAAAAUUGGCCUCUCCCCUUUCUGCACUGUGAAAUGGGAUAUUUUUGCCAUUUAAGCAGUGGGUACCAGGAUUUCUGUGGUAGUACGUAAACUACUCCUGGUAGUCUCUGCAGCCACCAAAGAAACUAUUUAUUAUUCAGGUGUGAAUUUAACCAACACCACCGUCCAUACCAAUUUUUAUGGAACACAUUUUUUACAUUUAUUAAGCAUUGAUAAGAGCGGAGAAGUGAGCCAGUGGAGAAGUUGCCCCAUCAACCAAUCAGCUGCUCUGUAUAAUUUUAUAGUAUGCAAAUUAUAGAUGUUACUUCAGUGCUGAUUGGUUGCCAUGGGUACUUCUCCACUGGCUCACUUCUCCGCUCUUAUCACUGCUUAGUAAAUGUCCCCCACAAUUUCUUUUAAUUUAGAGUUUAUUCAAACUCAAUACUCUAUUCAAAUCUUGAGCAACCGUGCUUGUAAUUUGGACUGGUCUAACCCACUAGACACGCUCCUUUCCCUUUGCCCUCCUUCUAUAAGGCAGUAUCAUCUCAUUACAUUUUAUUAGUGCCCCCUUGGAUUAUAGAUUCCUCACCACUGGAUUGAGUAAAUGGUAAGACCACUUUCCUUAUUUGUCUGUGGACUCCGUCGUCACUGCCCUUAAUAUCACAUCUAAAUUAUUACCUGCCCCAACCUAUGUAGAAAUAUUUAAAAAAAGCUAUCACAGGGCAUAUUUCUGCCCUUUUAGACAAUUUGAAAUUGGCCUCUCCCCUUUCUGCACUGUGAAAUGGGAUAUUUUUGACAUUUUAGCAGUGGGUACCAGGGUUUCUGAGGUAGUACGUAAACUACUCCUGGUAGUCUCUGCAGCCACCAAAGAGACUAUUCUUCAGGUGUGGAUUUAACUAACACCACCGUCCAUAACAAUUUUUAUGGAACACAUUUUUUACAUUUUUGCUUGGACUGGAUGGAGACUUUCCUUCCGAAAGAAAGUCGCUCUCAAAAUUUUUUGAGACUUGGGAAACCUAAAUGGUCAUCCUCUCAGAACCACUGCUGCGACAUAUUAGAUUUUUCGCCGCAACAUGGUGUGAGACUCGUCUUUGUUCAGAUGCACCCCUACUUUGCCUUAAUCACCUACACAAUGAAUCUUUGUAUACUGUGACCCCACUGUGCCUUGCUUAAGAAUUUGGUGUUAUAAUUUUGUUACUCACAUAUUUUGUUGAUUCCGUAAUCAUUACAAUGCGUCUACUAUUGUUGAUUUCAUUAUUCUGGCAGUUUGUGUUGCUCAUUAGUAUUUUGUUUUCUUUCAAUCAAUUAUUGGCUGUAUGUAUGUUUAUUUUGUGGACAUGAAACAAUAAAAAUAUUAUUUAAAAAAAGUUUCUAAUUUCUAGUUAUUCAUGAAAAAAUUAACAGAAAAAUUCAUCAAUUAUCACGCAUGUGUGCAUUGUUAAGAAAUUGCAUUGUUAGUAUAGAAACUGCAUGAUACCAAUAACUUUUGGGGAAUUAUAACACUUCUGUGAUCUAGUUUCCAUGACAGAGACUUGAAGACACUCUCAGAAAUUGAUAUAUGUUUUUGUGCCUUGACUAAGGUCCAUAUUGUGGAACAUUGGGUAUUGUCAUGAUGCUUUGUAGCUAAAUAAAGUGAUAUUUCUUCUA